AUGAGAGGAUUUCUUGCCCCCUUGAAAUCCUCUCGCUCUUCUUCUGUCUUUAACCACUUCCGGAAAGUCAUUAAAUUUCCUUAUUCUUCUCAAACCAAUCAGUCUUUUCAACAAAGAACUUUCUUCAAAUCAAACAACAGAGAUACCACCCUCGUAUGCAAUCACAAGAGAUUCGAAGAAACCAUUCAUAUUUUCUGCCAACAAAACCGUUUAAAAGAAGCAUUACAAAUUCUCCAACAAAUCGACAAACCCUCUGUUUCUAUUUACUCAACUCUUAUUCAAUCUUGCCUUCGAAGUCGUGCUCUCCAACAAGGAAAAGUAGUCCACCAGCACAUUAAACUAUCUGGGUUUGUACCCGGCUUGUUCAUUUUGAAUCGGCUUCUUGAAAUGUAUGCGAAAUGUGAUAGUCUGGUGGAUGCGCAGAAUUUGUUUGAUGAAAUGCCUGACAGGGAUUUGUGUUCAUGGAAUGUUUUGAUUUCCGGGUAUGCUAAAAUGGGUUUACUCCAACAAGCAAAAAAUCUGUUUGAUAAAAUGCCUGACCGAGACAACUUUUCUUGGACCGCUAUGAUUUCUGGGUAUGUGCGUCACGAGAGGCCUAACGAGGCUUUAGAGUUGUUUAGAAUGAUGAAGAGACUUGAUAAUUCCAAGUCGAAUAAGUUUACAGUUUCCAGUGUUCUUGCCGCUGCGGCAGCUGUCCCAUGUUUGAGGAUUGGGAAAGAGAUUCAUGGUUAUAUUAUGAGAACCGGGUUGGAUUCUGACGAGGUGGUUUGGUCCGCAUUGUCUGAUAUGUAUGGGAAAUGUGGGAGCAUAGAGGAAGCGAGGCACAUUUUUGACAAGAUGAUGGAUAGAGAUAUUGUUACUUGGACGACAAUGAUUGAUAGGUACUUUCAGGAUGGAAAGAGAAAAGAGGGAUUUGAUUUGUUUGCAGACUUACUGAGGUCCAGGAUUAAGCCUAAUGAGUUUACUUUCGCCGGGGUUUUAAAUGCUUGUGCUGAUCAGAGUUCAGAGGAGCUUGGUAAGAAGUUUCAUGGGUACAUGACUAGAGUUGGGUUGGACCCAUUCCCCUUCGCGGCAAGUGCUCUUGUUCACAUGUAUUCUAAGUGUGGAAAUACGGUGAGCGCAGAAAGGGUGUUUAAAAGGAUGCCCCGGCCAGAUUUGGUUUCGUGGACUUCAUUGAUUGCUGGGUUUGCUCAGAAUGGCCAACCUGAUGAGGCUCUUUGGUAUUUUGAGUUGUUAAUAAAGUCAGGGACACAGCCCGACCACAUAACUUUUGUUGGUGUUCUUUCUGCUUGUGCUCAUGCUGGAUUAGUUGAUAAAGGACUUGAAUAUUUUCACUCAAUAAUUGAGCAAUAUGGGUUAACUCAUACUGCUGAUCAUUAUGCUUGUAUAAUUGAUCUACUGGCCCGAUCUGGUCGAUUCAAAGAGGCUGAGAAUAUCAUAAAUAAAAUGUCAGUGAAGCCUGAUAAGUUUCUCUGGGCUUCCUUGCUUGGUGGUUGUAGAAUUCAUGGAAAUCUUAAACUGGCGGAAAGGGCAGCAGAAGCGUUAUUUGAGAUUGAGUGUGAAAAUCCUGCUACUUAUGUUACACUGGCCAACAUAUAUGCCACUGCUGGUAUGUGGACUGAAGUAGCAAAGAUCAGAAAGACUAUGGAUGAGCGAGGAGUGGUAAAGAAACCAGGUUUAAGUUGGAUUGAGAUUAAGAGGGAGGUACAUGUAUUUUUAGCAGGAGAUAAUUCACAUCCAAAAUCCAAAGAAAUAAAUGAGUUUUUGGGGAAGCUUUCCAAAAAGAUGAAGGAAGAAGGGUUUGUUCCUGACACAAAGCUUGUGUUGCAUGAUGUGGAGGAGGAACAGAAGGAGCAAAACCUCUCUUACCACAGUGAGAAGGUUGCAGUUGCUUUUGGAAUUAUUUCAACUCCAGAAGGAACACCAAUCAAAGUUUUUAAGAAUUUAAGAACUUGUGUAGACUGCCACAAUGCAUUUAAAUUUAUCUCAAAGAUCGCAAAUAGAAAAAUAAUUGUGAGGGAUUCGAAUCGGUUCCAUUAUUUUGAGGACGGAAGCUGUUCUUGUAGAGACUAUUGGUGA